GAAAAAAAAAUAAACAGAAAAAAUGCCAAGCAAAUAAACCCUUUUCCCAAGAUUCACACUCCUUCCUCUGCAAAGCCCUAGAAAUACAACCCCUUCCUCUGCCAUAGCAGAGAAAAAGAGCUAAACAAUCAAACAGAGAACCUCAGGGCCUAUAACACCACAUAUAUCCAGGCAUAUGGAGACUGCAGCGGCGGCAGUAGCUCAACAACCCGUCACUGCUCAAGUUGUUGCAAAUGCUUUUGUGCAGCAGUAUUAUCAUAUACUGCACCAUUCUCCUGGACUGGUUUUUAGGUUUUACCAAGAGACAAGCAAGCUUGGACGACCUGAAGAUCAUGGGUCUAUGACCAUCACGACUACAAUGCAAGCAAUCAAUGAUAAGAUACUCUCACUAAACUAUGGGGACUUCAAAGCAGAGAUUAUAUCUGUGGAUGCGCAAGAAUCCUACAAUGGGGGAGUGCAUGUCCUUGUGACUGGAUUAUUGGCUGGGAACGACAACAUGGUCCGGAAUUUCUCCCAAACUUUCUUCCUAGCACCACAAGACCGAGGAUACUUUGUUCUGAAUGACAUGUUUCGAUAUGGAGACAAUGUCAAUCAACAUGUUACUGCCGAGGUCCCGGCAACUAAUGCGGUGGCUCCUGUGACUCCUGAACAAGAUCCCCCUCCGAUGCAGCAGAAUCACAUUUCUGAGCAGAGCUCACCAUCAAUGGAGGAAGCUAAUGGGGGAGAAGUUUACAACCCACCUGAGAAUGGUGACAUGCCUGUCGAAGAGGAAGUUCCUGUCGCUGAGGUUGUUGAUGAAAUGCCAGACGACUCUCAAAUAGCAGUUGAAUCUAACAUCAAAAGUGAAGAUGCUCCUAAGAA